CAGCAAGUUGGCUGAAAUAUUUUUAAUAACCAUUUGAAAAUUAUAAUUAAUCGAUUUUUUAAAUUUUAGACUAAAUUGUUUAGUAACGUUCACAUUAUAAUGGAUUAUAUUGCUUCUGAAAAAGGAGACACUACAGAGAAUCGGGAUCCAAACUCUUUGGUAUCAAACGGUAAUUCCAAGCCGGUAAUAGAUGAAAAGUCGAGUGAGAAUGAUGAUAAACCGCACAUCGAAGCCCCCACGGAGAACGCUGCGUGCACAUCGGAAAAGACAGACAUUUCAGAAAUUCCUGAGCAAGUCGAAUUUACAGUUGUAUUUAAUAACAAUAAACAUGACAUCACAUUUGCUUACGAUGCCUCUGUAGUAGAACUGAAAGCGCAUUUAGAACGAAUAUGUGCAGUGCCACAGUCAGCACAGAAACUCAUCAUUAAAGGAAUGGCCAGGGACAGCGGGACAAUCAGACAAGCUGGGAUCGUCAAAGGCGGAAAAGUAAUGCUUGUUGGAUACAAAAUGGAUGAUAUAUUGGCUGUGAAGAGUGCACCAAAGGAAAUAUUUGAAGAGAAGUCUAGCAGUCAAUCCAGCAAAGAGCCAUUGUGUAUGCAGAAGAACCAUAGUAAAGUUUUAGAUAAGGGUAUUCCACCAGAUGUAAUGCCUGGAAUAAAGGGAGUCAAGGAACCUUUACCACCUGUGCCACUCAGUGGGAUGUUGAAUAAACAUGGAGGCAAAGUUAGACUAACAUUCAAACCAGAGCAGGAUCAGCUUUGGCUCGGAACCAAGGAGCGCACAGAGAAACUUGCUAUGACAUCUAUCAAAACUUCUGAAAAAGGAGACACUACAGAGAAUCGGGAUCCAAACUCUUUGGUAUCAAACGGUAAUUCCAAGCCGGUAAUAGAUGAAAACUCGAGUGAGAAUGAUGAUAAACCGCACAUCGAAGCCCCCACGGAGAACGCUGCGUGCACAUCGGAAAAGACAGACAUUUCAGAAAUUCCUGAGCAAGUCGAAUUUACAGUUGUAUUUAAUAAGAAUAAACAUGACAUCACAUUUGCUUACGAUGCCUCUGUAGUAGAACUGAAAGCGCAUUUAGAACAAAUAUGUGCAGUGCCACAGUCAGCACAGAAACUCAUCAUUAAAGGAAUGGCCAGGGACAGCGGGACAAUCAGACAAGCCGGGAUCGUCAAAGGCGGAAAAGUAAUGCUUGUUGGAUCCAAAAUGGAUGAUAUAUUGGCUGUGAAGAGUGCACCAAAGGAAAUAUUUGAAGAGAAGUCUAGCAGUCAAUCCAGCAAAGAGCCAUUGUGUAUGCAGAAGAACCAUAGAAAAGUUUUAGAUAAGGGUAUUCCACCAGAUGUAAUGCCUGGAAUAAAGGGAGUCAAGGAACCUUUACCACCUGUGCCACUCAGUGGGAUGUUGAAUAAACAUGGAGGCAAAGUUAGACUAACAUUCAAACCAGAGCAGGAUCAGCUUUGGCUCGGAACCAAGGAGCGCACAGAGAAACUUGCUAUGCACAGUCUAGACUGA